AUGUUCUUGUUGGAUGCAGGACUUGGGACACCCAGAAUUUGUAUGCAAGAUGAGCUUACAGGAGAGUCAGAAAAUAACCGAGCCACCAGGUUUGAGAAUAAAGUGGGAUCCCUGGGUAAAUCAAAGAUCAAAGUGCGAGCAGGCGCCAGGUAUAAUAAUAAUGAUGUCGCCUGGUUUUUUAAGAAUAAUGCUGCUGCCUGGUUUUUUAAGAAUAAUGCUGCCGGUAAAUCAAAGAUCAAAGUGCAUAUUUUGGAGAGAUUAUUCAUCGAUCUAGUGUCCGGUGAAUCAAUGAUCAAAGAGCGAGCAGCCGCCAGGUUUAAUGAUUUGGUGGGAUCCACAGAUGUAGCGGCUGGUGAACUGCUUCUUCUUCCACGAAGAUUCAGACAAAUCCGAGCUUGGAUGGAAGUGAUAAAGAUUUGGCAAACGAAAAAGGUCAAAGGCAUUAUUAUUAAGAAAAUCAAGGGAGGUUAUUCAGUAGCCAUCGCAGGUUUCAUUACUUUUCUUCCAUUCCGUCCUCUCAAAAGGCUUCCAUUCCGCCGGAAAGGAAAAUGGAAAAUGGAAAUGCGAAGGCUAAGGAAAAUGGAAAUGCAAAGGCAAGCGCUAUCGAAUGGUCGAUUCAACAUCGAGCGCUAUGAUCCCAAAUGGAUGAAUAUUGUGGUGUCGCUACCAGCGGAAGAUCAAAGAAGAACUUGA